AUGGCGAAAUCCAACGAAAAGGGCCCGGACGACGGACACGUGAGCGGCCAGUCGAACCAACCACUAACCCUUCCCGCCCACAGCCUCUCCCUCCAGCAGGUCGUCGACGAGCUGAAGGCCAGCCAUGUCGAUGGGCUGACCGCUGCCGAUGCCGCAUCGCGGCUGCAGACCUAUGGCAAGAACGAGCUCGGUGAAGCCGAGAGCGUCUCGCCCGUCAAAAUCAUCAUCGCCCAAGUCGCCAACGCCAUGACCAUGGUCCUGAUCCUCGCCAUGGCCGUCAGUUACGGCAUUGGUUCCUACAUCGAAGGCGCCGUCGUCACCUUUGUCAUCCUACUCAAUGUCAUUGUUGGUUUCUUCCAGGAGUACUCCGCUGAAAAGACGAUGGACUCUCUUCGGUCUCUGAGCUCCCCCACAGCUCGUGCCAUUCGUGAUGGCGAAUCGGUCGUCCUUCCCUCUGGGGAUCUUGUGCCCGGUGAUCUCGUUGAACUCAAGGUCGGCGACACGAUCCCUGCCGAUGUCAGAGUCUUCGAAGCCGUCAAUUUUGAAACCGAUGAAGCUCUUCUUACCGGCGAAUCACUCCCCGUCCGCAAAAGCGAGACUGUCACGUUUCCUGAGAAGACGGGACCUGGUGACCGCCUCAACGUCGCUUACAGCUCGUCCAACGUGACCAAGGGCCGCGCCAAGGGCAUUGUCUUCGCCACAGGAGUCUACACGGAAAUUGGUGCCAUCGCGUCGCAGCUUCGGAAGAAGGAGACUCGGCGUCGCCCCGUCAAGCGCAAGGCCGACGGCUCCGCGAGACCCCAUCGCUAUCUCGAGGCUUACACGCUGACCCUAACGGAUGCCAUUGGCCGAUUCUUGGGCGUCAACGUCGGCACUCCGCUACAGCAGAAGCUGUCGAAACUCGCCAUGUUGCUGUUCGGCAUAGCUAUUGUUUGUGCCAUCAUCGUUCUAGCGGCCAAUGAAUUCUCGUCUGAGCAGGAAGUCAUUAUCUACGCUGUAGCUACCGGGUUGUCGAUGAUCCCCGCUAGUUUGGUAGUCGUGCUAACGAUCACCAUGGCGGCUGGCACAAAGCGUAUGGUCAAACGCAACGUCAUCGUCAGGAACCUUAAGAGUCUGGAGGCUCUGGGCGCUGUCACUGAUAUUUGUUCCGACAAGACCGGUACCCUGACGCAGGGCAAGAUGGUGGCCCGCGGUGCAUGGCUCCCUGGGAAGGGUACAUACACCGUGGAGAACUCUACUGCGCCGUUUGAUCCUACCGCAGGCGACAUUCGGCAUCACCCCGAAUCACCGCGCCGCAUCGACUUCAAAUCGGGCGGCGAUGCGUGUGGCACUAUCGCAAAGGCCGAGGAUAUGGUAAAGGACAGCCAGAACAGCCUGGGCGACUUUUUGCAAGUCGCAUCCCUUGCCAACCUCGCGACCGUCACGCAGAAGGAGGACCGGUGGGAUGCCCGCGGCGAUCCUACUGAGAUUGCGAUUCAGGUCUUCAGCACGCGCUUUGGCUGGAACCGCCACGAGCGAACAGCAGGAGAGAAGGCAGAGUGGCAAGAUGUUGCCGAGCUGCCAUUCGACUCUGACGUCAAGCGCAUGUCGGUUGUGAUGAAGCACAACGGAACCGGCCAGCUUCAUGCCUACACCAAGGGCGCUGUGGAGCGUGUCAUCCAAAUCUGUACCAAGUAUGCGCCGAACGAUGACGGACAACUCGUUCCUGUGACGGAUGAGUUCCGCGAGGACAUCUUGCGCAACAUGGAGGUGUUCGCUGGCUUGGGACUUCGCGUGCUGGCUCUGGCUAGCAAGCCUUUUGAAUCGACACUGCAAAAGGGCGACGACGUCGACCGGAAGCUCGUUGAAUGCGACCUCGUGUUUCGCGGCCUGAUCGGUUUGUACGACCCGCCUCGUCCCGAGUCAGCCCCGGCUGUUCGACAAUGCCACGAGGCUGGCAUCUCGGUGCACAUGCUCACAGGCGAUCACCCUGAGACGGCCAAGGCCAUUGCCAUUGAGGUCGGUAUCCUGCCCUCGCGGAUGGAGCGCAUUGCACGGGACGUCGCUGCCGCCAUGGUUAUGACCGCCUCGCAGUUCGACGGCCUGUCUGAUGAAGAAGUCGACAGGCUGCCGGUGUUGCCUCUGGUCGUGGCCAGAUGCGCGCCCAGCACCAAGGUCCGCAUGAUUGAGGCUCUUCACAGGCGCAAGAGAUUCGUCGCCAUGACCGGUGACGGUGUCAACGACUCUCCCUCCCUGCGUCGCGCCGACGUAGGCAUUGCUAUGGGACAAUCUGGAUCUGAUGUUGCCAAGGAUGCGUCGGACAUUGUCCUGACCGACGACAACUUUGCCUCGAUUGUAGCGGCCAUCGAAGAGGGCCGCCGUAUCUUUGACAACAUUCAGAAGUUUAUCCUUCACGUUCUUUCGGAAAACGUGGCUCAAGCCGGCACUCUUCUCGUGGGUCUUGCCUUCAAGGAUGGUCGUGGCCUGUCCGUUUUCCCCCUGGCUCCUGUACAGAUCAUCUGGAUCAUCAUGGCCACCUCGGGCAUGCCUGACAUGGGUCUCGGGUUCGAGCGGGCUGUUCCUGACAUUCUCCGUCGGCCGCCGCAGUCGCUCAAGUCUGGUGUUUUCACAGCUGAGUUCCUCGUUGACAUGGUCGUGUAUGGCCUGUGGAUCACGGCGCUUUGUCUCGCGAGUUUCUCCCUCGUUGUCUUUGGCUUCGGGAACGGCGAUCUUGGUGAAUUCUGCAACGAAGAUUAUAGCGAGCGUUGUGACGUUGUGUUCCGUGCACGCGCAACGACGUUCGCUUGCUUGACUUGGUUUGCGCUGUUUCUGGCGUGGGAAAUGAUCGAUAUGCGUCGGUCAUUCUUCCGCAUGCAGCCUGGAUCGAAGAAGUACUUCACGCAGUGGAUGCUUGACGUGUGGCGGAACCAGUUCUUGUUCUGGGCCAUUAUCUUGGGCUUCGUUACGCUGUUCCCCCUGCUUUACAUUCCCAAGCUGAACACGGUCAUUUUCAAGCACUCGCCCAUCUCCUGGGAAUGGGGCAUUGUGUUCAUCGCCGCAGGGCUCUUCUUCGCCGGCGUCGAAACGUGGAAGUGGGGCAAGCGCGUGUACUUCCGCCGGCAGGACCGUAAGCGCCUCGGCCCGGCGUUCAAGGACAUGGACAUUGAGCAGCGGGUGUUUGGCGAGUUCCUCGGUUCGGAGACGGACGAGGAGGCUGCCCAGGGAGGAAAGGCGCAGUAA